AACGAGGGUUAAAUUGUCUGUGGUAGGCACUUGGCAGCAACUCAGCAAGGCUGAAUUCUGAAAUUGUAAACUCUGAAGCGACCAAAUAAUACAAUUGAUUACAUACCUGGCUUGAUUUAAUUGAUUUUACGAUUGCCUUAAUUUAUAAUAUUCUAAUUAUCUUGAUAAAAAAAUAUAAUGAAGUGAUCGUAUACCAAUAAAAUGUCUAACAAGUAUCAACCAACGUCUAAAGCAUUCGCCGAAAAGCAGCUUAUACAAUGGAUCAACGAAGCAGGAAUGUCCGAAGGCAACAAGAAAGCGGGUUUGCUUAGGAAAAUAAUAGAAGUGCUCAUGCAUCAGUUAUCUUCUUUAAUACCAUUGUACAUGGAAAACGUGCUUAAAUUUGUUAAUGAUAAGACCACAGAAGUAAGAAAAAUCGUUGUUGGUUUUAUUGAGCAACUAAGCACAAAGCAUCCCGAGAACAUACCUAAAAUUAUUAGUCAGUUGCAACUCCUAGUUAUUGAUUCUGUUAUUGCUGUCCAAAAGAAAGCGAUACAAGCUGCGAGUGUUGUGUACAAAAAUGCUAUCAUAUGGAUCUGCAAGGAUAAUUCAGAGGAUGCUGUUAAAUUAGUCUGGGAUCAUAUUUCUAAGUUAAAGCUUCUUGUAUUAAAUUUGAUAGACAGUGAGAAUGAAGGGAUCAGGACACAUGCAAUCAAAUUCUUGGAAGAGGUUGUCUUGGUGCAAACUCCAUGUGCUGAAGGUAAUGGUGGCCUUAAUUUAGAUGAUAUACCGUCAUCGUACUCCUUCGUCGACAGGCAAGCUUUAGAAGAAGAGGCUGAGCAUAUAUUCAAAUUGCUACAAAAGUUCCACAAUUCCCAGCACAUAUCUAGUGUUAACCUGAUGACGUGUAUGACUUCAUUGAUAUCAAUUUCGAAACUGCGGCCUAAAUACUUGGUGAGAGUUGUACAGGCCUUGGGAGAUUUGCACACUACAUUGCCACCCACAUUGUCGCAAUCACAAGUUAAUUCCGUACGGAAACAUUUGAAGAUGCAGUUGAUAAAUCUCGUGAGGCAAACGACAUCGAAUGAAAUUAUACCUCAGUUGAUGCAAUUGUUAUCAGACAUUGGCAUGACCCAGCAAGAAAUUAAUAAGGUUGUGCCCAAAGAGAAAAGAAACAAACGCUUCUUUGAAGUUAUAAGUGGAGAAAUACCGGCAAAAAGACUUAGAAUGGAUUCACCGCAAAAUAGCCAGAGCAGUGAUAGCAACAGCAGAACUGAAUUUGAUGAUGAUAGUCAAAGUUCUAAAUCUAGCCAACCAACGGAAGAUUCGUUUUUCGAAGGAUUAAACAAUAUUGAAAAUGUUUUAAAUCUUGUUAUGCAUACUCUUACUAAUCAUCUGCCAAAUGAAAUGCCAAGUAGUUUUCUUACUCUAUACAAGCCUAUACCAAACUCGGGCUCUAUAUUACAAAAGCGCAAUCUAGCGAAAAUGAUUAAUUCCUUAAUCAAAGGUGAACAUGAGCCCAGCCCCACACCAUUAACAGAUUUAGCAGCAAAAAUUCCAUUACUCUCCGAAGAUGAUGAGAAACUAACACUAAAGAAUGCAGUAGCGAAAUUACAAGAAUCAACAAAAGCUGAUAGGCAGGCAGAACCUCUAGAAUCAGCUGUCUCAAAACUAAUGGAGGAAACACGGCAGGACUUUUUAAAAGAGGAAGAAAGAAAGGCUAAAGAGAAAGAGAAGGAACAGGAGAAACUUAUACCGCCACAAACUCCUACUGUGCCGCGGCUAAAACAGAAAGUGAAACUGCUUAAACUACAGGAAAUAACAAGGCCGAUCCCGAAAGAAAUUAAAGAAAGACUUAUGAUUCAGGCCGUUGCUCGUAUAUUACAUGCUGAAAAGGAUGCUGCUAUUGGUGGUGCAGCACAAAUAAGAGCUAAACUCAUAGCUAUAUUUGCAUCAGGUUUUACUGCAGACAUUCGCGAGUUGGUUUUAAAUUACAUUCUUGAAGACCCCGUAAGUAGAAUUGACUUGGGCUUGCAAUGGUUAUACGAAGAGUAUGCCUUCAUGCAGGGUUUCAAUAGGCACCCAAUAACACUACAGCCAAAAGUACACGAGAAAUAUGACAUGAAUUACAGUCAGCUGCUAUGUUCGUUGAUAGUCCAGAUAUGCGAAAGGGGAGAGCCUUUAUUAGAGAAUAGCAAAGAUAUUCUGUUAAGAAGGAUUUAUGCUGAGGCUCCGUUGGUUAGUGAAGAAGCUGUUGAUUACUUGAAACAUUUAAUAUCCGAGGAUAAAAGUGCUGUAUUGGCACUUGACAUUAUAGAAGAGCUGUGUACAUUAAGGCCGCCACGUGCUCACAAAUACGUCGCAGCACUCGUUUGCCACGUCUUACAUCCAAACGUUGAAAUACGCGAAAUAGCACUGAAUUCAUCAUUGAAACUAUACAAAAACGGGUCAGAGGCUGUCAAGAAGGUGAUAGAGAAACACGCGCUACUAUACCUGGGCUUCAUCACGCUGUUAACACCGCCGGCGGAGCUGGUCGAGGGUCGGCACACAGUACGGGUGUGGACAGACGAUAUGUACAAACUAUGUCUGAAUCUGGUCAUGGCCAUAUUCACGGAAAAUGAGGAGGUAUUAAUAGACGUCGCGCGGGUAUACGGUUGUGCGGGCGCGGACGCCAAGCGGUGCGUGCUACGCGUCGUAGAGGCGCCGCUACGAGCCGCCGUAGCCGAUGUCCCGGCCUUCUCGCCUCCUCCGCCCGGCUCAAACCCCCCUCCCCUGCCCUCCAUACCCCGCGCAUUCGCCCCUCUCUUACAGGACUGCCCCCGAGGCGCGGAGACCUUACUGACAAGACUUGUGCAUAUACUCACUGAGAAGAGUCCGCCAACUCCAGAGCUGGUGUCUCGCGUGCGAGAGCUGUAUGCCACGCGUGUGUCCGAUGUCCGCUUCCUGAUUCCCGUCCUCAAUGGUCUUACAAAACGAGAGAUAUUGGCAGCCCUGCCGAAGCUGAUAAAGCUGAACCCGGUUGUCGUGAAGGAGGUAUUUAAUAAACUGCUAGGACUGACGAAUCCUAACAACGAAAAUCUUCCAGUCAGUCCAGAGGACUUGCUGGUGGCUUUGCACCUCAUCGACCCUAACAAGGCGGACCUCAAGUUCAUCAUCAAGGCAACAGCAAUUUGCUUCGCUGAGAAACAGACAUAUACACAAGAUGUUGUGUCCGAAGUACUACAGCGGCUAGCCGAAGAGCCGGAGACGCCAGUACUGAUGAUGCGGAGCGUGUUACAAGCUCUUACGCUAUACCCGGCACUCGGGUCGCUUGCGUUGAACAUCCUGCAGUUGCUUAUUAACAGAGAGGUGUGGACGAACAAGGUGGCUUGGGAAGGGUGGGUGAAAUGUUGCGAGCGGCUCGGGCCUCGUGCUGCGCCCGUCCUCGCCGCGCUCCCGCCGCACGCGCUGCCGUCGCUGCCCCCCCACCUGGCGUGUACCCUGCCCCCUCAGGACCCGUCAGCAUUUCCGCAACCAGUGCCGAAACCCAUUGAACCUUUGCCGCCGGGAAUGGAAUGACCUUUGUCCAACUGUCAUGUUGACACUUGACAGUGACAAGUAUAAGUAAUAUGUGGGAGAAGUAAUUAAUUAUACAAUUAAAUGAUGAAUUGCAAUAAUUAUA